AUGGACAGUUGUGAAGAAGAAUGCGAUCUGGAAGUGGACAGCGACGAAGAAGAGCAACUUUUGGGAGAGAAAUGCAUUUCCCUUCUCGCAAGUCUUCUUCCGCCCUCGUCAUCCACACUUUUGAACAACGCCAUUCAUUUGGAACUCGACGAAUUUGAACCGCCUCCUCCGUUGUUCAACUUGCUCGAAGAGCAACAAUUUCAAGAAGAACUCGAGGAAGAUAAAGACAAAGAAAACGAAAAAGAAUUCGCGGAUUCUGAAAAAGACAUAGAAGAAUCAAAUGAAAAAGAACUAUUAGAUAACGAAGGAGCAAACACUGUUCCCUUCCAUUGCCUUCUAUUGAUGCUGAAUCUCCUCUAA